AUGGCCAUCGUGGUCCCGAUGGUCGGGCUCGGCAACGCGUUUGCGCAGGCCGGCUUCCGGUACCCCAAGCCGCUCGUCAACAUCGUCGGCCGGCCGGUGCUGCUCUGGCUGCUGGACCGGCUGGAGCCCAAGCCUGGGGACUUGGUGCUGCUAGCGGUCCCCGCCAUCAUGGAGAGGCAGCACGGAGUGUCGAAGAUAUUAGCACGGGAGUACCCUGCCUUGACGAUGCGGGUCGUGAUCUUGCCGUUCGAGACUCGCGGGUGGGUCGAGACCAUCUUGGCGGUGUCCAGGCAGAUGACCGCGAAGGAGCUGCGCAUGCCGCUCGUGACGCUGGACUGCUCCACCAUCUACCACGGCUACAACCUGCUGGGGAGGGCGCGCGAGCUUCCCGAGGGUGCCGGCGCCUCGGUGUACUUCGACACCCAGAGUGCGAACUUGAUGAGCAUGGGAGCGGUGGCGGCGCAGUUCUCGUACCUGAAGCUGGAUGAGGGGAACGCGAUCACGGCCGCGAGGAUGGCCUGCGCCCCGCUCCGGCCCCAAGCGCGCCUGCAUGAGGUGCGAGUUCGGUUCGGCCCAGCCCUCGACGCGCUUGCGCGAGGCGCGGGCUGCGCGCGGUGA